AUGACUGUUACCUAUAAUCAUGAUUUGGCUACAGCUCGAUUUACUGCUAUUAUAAGGACAAUCUUUCGAUGGAAAGGUGGUGUCUGGAAAUCAGUGUAUUUGGAAGUAAUUGCUUGGUGUACCAUCUAUGGUGUACUGUCAGCUAUUUAUAGAUGUUGGUUAAGUGAACAUGAACGAGAGGUAUUUGAAGAAGUUGUAUCUGUAUGUAACAAAUAUACAGAUUUUGUACCAUUAACAUUUAUGCUUGGAUACUAUGUAACGUUGGUGGUCAGUCGUUGGUGGCAUGUUAUACAGAAUAUUGGAUUUACUGAUAACAUUGCAUUACUGGUUGCAAAUUACAUCCAAGGAAAAGAUGAGCGUUCGAUUAAGUACAAAAAAACUAUUGUUCGAUAUAUCUGCCUUCUUCAAACUAUGGUUUAUCGAACAAUAAGUGUUCCGGUGAGAACAAGAUAUCCAACACUGGAAAGUUUGGUUGAUGCGGGCUAUUUGGAACCAAAUGAAGUGGAAAUAAUAAGCGAAGAUAACAUGUGGCUACCAUAUCACUGGGCUUUAGGCUUGAUAAACUUGGCCAGGGAUGAGGGAGUUAUCAAAUCUGAUCAUGCUGUUCAACAGAUUUUUAAAGCUUGUAUGGACUUCAGAAGUUCACAGAUAUCUUUAUGGAUCUACAACUGGAUUCCUGUACCGCUUGUUUACACUCAGGUGGUAUUUAUAACAGUACGUUUGUAUUUUAUUCUUGCAAUUCUCGGUCGUCAAUUUACAGAUAAAGAUAAUUUUCCAAUUGAUAUAUAUGUCCCAGUUUUAACUAUUCUUCAACUAGUUUUUUAUGUCGGAUGGCUAAAAGUAAGUAGCAUUUUUUGA